AAAUUUUUGGCUUUUAUGUUUAUGGUUUUUCUUGUGUUGGUACUAUUAUAGUUUACAUUUGCAUUCAUUAUAGAUGCGAAAUUUUUUGUGUGCAAUAAAUGUUGACAAUUCCAACAGAUUAGGUGGUUUUAACAGUAUGAGUGAUAAAUAACCGAAAAAUGGAUUUGUUCUAUAGAAGUUUCUCAAUUUCGUAAUAUAUUGUGUCAUAUAUACAACAAUUUAUGUUAUAACGACACAUGAUUAUACAUGUAAAAUUAUAUGUAUGAUUAUACAUAUAAAAAAUAAGGUUAUAAUUAAAAUAAUUUAUUUUUCUUGUCUUUCAAAAAUUCCAUCAUGAGUUUUUGUCUAUACAAAUCAGACAUUAUUAUUUGUAAUAAUGAACAAAUAAUAAUAUAUAAUAUUGAAAAUGGUACAGAAACAACUGUUUGUUUACCUAAAUUACAAACUGAUAAAAAAGUCGAUAUACACAAUAAUGUAAACAUAGAAACUUUUUACAUGAUCACGAAUGUAAUGUUUUCAAACGAUGGAAAAUAUUUCUUUGUGUAUACAAAUCGUAAACAAUUAUGUUUAUAUGAAAGGAAAAGUCAAAAUCUUAUAUUAAAUAAAGUACUUCCUAGAGCUGCUAGUAAAGUACAGUUUACUCCAAACAAUGACAUAGUUGUUGCUGAUAAAACAGGAGAUGUUUACUUAUUUUCUAAUAAACAAACUGACAAUGAAGUCCUACUUUUAGGACAUUUAUCAAUGUUACUUGACGUAUUAAUUACAGAAGAUGAAAAGUACAUUAUUACUACAGACAGAGAUGAAAAAAUUAGAGUGUCUAUGUUUCCCAAUUCAUACAAUAUUGUAUGCUAUUGUUUAGGACAUACAAAAUUUGUAACAAACAUUUUAGAAUUACCUCAUGAUAAAAAUAUUUUAAUAUCUUGUGGAGGAGACGGAAUGUUUAUAUUGUGGGACUACAAGAUUGGAAAACAAUUGUUAUGUACUAAUUUUCGUAAUAAAAUAUCUAAAGAUGAUAUUGAAAAGUUCAAUAAGUAUCUCCAUAAUUAUAACUUGGAAGAAUCUGUUGAAGUUUUACCUGUUAAACAUUUGAAGCUUGUGGCACUUGAUACAACUUCAUCUUUAGCUAUAAUGAGUUUUUACAACAAUUCAUUAUUAUUAGUGUACAUAAUUAAUAGCAUAUCAAAAUCAGACUUUGAAGUAAUGUAUGUGCAAUCCAUAAUUGCAGAUAGUGAACCAAUAGAAUGCUAUCUGUACAAAAAUAAUUUAUGGAUACUAAAUGAACUUGGGUUUAAAAUAUAUGAAUUUAAAAAUAAUAGUUUUACACUCACUGAUAAAACGAUUUAUAAAAUAAAUGAAUUGAAUAAUUACUGGAAAACAUUAAAAAAAGAUAUUACUCAACAGGAUUUAUUCUCAAUCUUAUAUAAAAGAAAAUAUGAUAAUGUUCAAGAAUAUUUACAACGGAAAAAAACACGUCUUGCGAACUCGAUUGAUAUAUAAUCUAUUUGUCUAUAUAAUUCUAAUAUUGUUAUGAAUGAUUAUUUUAUAUAGAAAAUAAAAUAUAAUUGUAAAAAACAAUA